AUGGUUAAAAAGAAUUAUCAUAUAGAGACCGAAUUGGUGUUAAGUAAAAGUGAUGAUCAACAUAAUGCAUCAGUACCACCAUUAUAUCAAUCAGCAACUUUUAAACAACCUUCAUUACAUAAUAUGGGUGAUUAUGAUUAUACAAGAUCUGGUAAUCCAACCAGAACCUUCUUACAAAACCAAAUAUGUAGAAUUAUGAAAGCUAAUCAUGCAUUUGCUGUAACAAGUGGAAUGGGAUGUUUAGAUGUUAUUACAAGAUUAUUAAGUCCUGGUGAUGAAGUAAUUGCUGGUGAUGAUUUAUAUGGUGGAACUCAUAGAUUAUUAACUUAUUUACAUAAUAAAGGAGAUAUCAAGUUAUUCCAUCAUGACACAACUAAUACUGAAUUGAUCAAAUCCAAGAUAUCAAAAUCAACCAGAAUGAUUUUCUUAGAAAGUCCAACUAAUCCAUUAAUGAAAGUUUGUGAUGUCAAAUCAAUAACUAAACAUGCCAAAGAAGUUAAUCCUGAUAUAAUUGUGGUUUUCGAUAAUACUAUGAUGUCACCAAUAUUAAUGACUCCUUUAGAUUUAGGAGUAGAUAUUCAAUAUGAAUCAGGUACCAAAUAUCUUAAUGGUCAUCAUGAUAUUAUGGCAGGUAUAAUUGCCACAAGAGACACUAAAUUAGCAGAAAAAAUUUAUUUCGUUAUUAAUUCAACUGGUUGUGGAUUAUCACCAUUUGAUUCUUGGUUAUUAUGUAGAGGUUUAAAAACUUUAUCAGUAAGAAUUGAAAAACAACAACAAAAUUGUUAUAAAAUUGCUGAAUUUUUAAAUAAUGUUGGUUUCAAAGUAAGAUUCACAGGAUUAAAAAAUCAUCCUCAAUAUCAAUUACAUAAUUCAAUGUGUAAAGGAGCUGGUGCAGUUUUAAGUUUCGAAACUGGUAAUAUCAAAAUAUCGGAAAAAAUCGUUGAAAGUACUGAAAUUUUCGGUAUAGCUGUAUCUUUUGGAUGUGUUAAUUCAUUAAUAUCAAUGCCUUGUUUAAUGUCUCAUGCUUCAAUUGAUGCUAAAACUAGGGAAGAAAGAGAAUUCCCUGAAGAUUUAAUCAGAUUAUGUAUCGGUAUUGAAAAUUGUGAUGACUUAAUUGAUGAUUUAACUAAAGCUUUAUUAAAGAGUGGUGCUGUUAAAUUAAAUUCCAAAGAUGAAUUAUUCAAUGCUGUUGCCCUUCAAUCCAAACUUUAG